AAUUAGGUUAUCCACAAAACUAAUAAUCCAAGAUAUACAUACUAGACGUGGUCUAUUAGAAUUAGAAUUAGGAAUCCAUAAUCUAUAUAUACAACCUAAAGAAUGAAUCGGAAAACAGGAGCAUCGUGAUUAACAUUAACAAGAAGCGGCGAUUCAACAAUGGCUGUAAUCAACAAGAAGCGGCAAUUCAGCGGUGGUGAAGAAAACGUGAUGUUCGGCAUGAGCAAGAAGCGCAGAUUUUCCCCCUCUGAAGAAAGGGGCAUCGACGAGUUGGAGUUGUUAAACAAAAUCGGGCAAGGCGCUUACGGCGUCGUAUACAGAGCCCAACACAAGAAGACGGGAGAAGUCGUGGCGGUGAAGAAGGUCAAGUCCGACGAGGACGCGGAGGCGAAGAUUCUGGCCGGUCUGAAGCGCCACCGUUCAAUCGUGGAGCUAAUGUGGAGCGGCGGCGGCUACUUGGUGAUGGAGUACGCGGAGAACGACAUGAGAUCGCUGCUGGAGACGAUGAGGCAGCCGCUGAGCCAGAGCGAGGUCAAGUGCUUGAUGCAGCAGCUGCUGCAGGGCGUGGACCACCUACACCGCAAUCAGGUACUUCAUCGAGAUCUAAAAACUUCGAAUCUCUUAUUGAAUAACCGCGGCGAGUUGAAGAUAUGCGACUUCGGUCUAGCGUGUAGGUUUAACAACAAUAACAUGAUACGACACACAGAGACAGUGGUGACGCUUUGGUACAGGGCGCCGGAGCUGCUCUUGGGAGCCAAGGAGUAUUCCACGGCCGUCGAUAUGUGGAGCGUCGGCUGCAUCAUGGCAGAGUUUCUGUUGCGGCGGCCGUUGUUCGAUGGCACGGUGGAGACCGAUCAAUUACACAAGAUCGUCAAGAACGACAGGAAUUUAUUGAGGCAGAGGUUUCCGGCUGUGUCAUUCACAGGGUCGACGCCGGUGUUGUCGAAUGCUGGAUUUGAUUUGCUGAGCAGGCUUUUAACGUAUGAUCCGCGGAAGAGGAUGAGUGCAGAAGAAGCUCUGGAUCAUUCAUGGUUUCGUGAAGUUCCUCUUCCGAAAUCUAGGGAUUUCAUGCCCACUUUCCCUCCAAAUUUUGCUGCGCAGAUGAGGACACAAUCGGCUACUGGUUCCGGUCUUUUCGGCUUAUAAGAUAGAUAGAUAUGUUUAUACAUUCUACCAAGUUAUACAACUAAUCCUAGUGAAGAGAAAAGUGGAAGUUGUGAAUAGAAUUACUCAUUUUAGACACUCCAUAAUUAGGCCCAAUUUAUUGCGUUUGUGAUUAUC